GUGGACGUGUCCUCCUCUUUAUUCUUAUUCAACUCCCCUUUUUGCAAAGCGAAAAACGAAAAAGAACCAUCAUGUCCGAUUCGAGAGGAGACGAUCAGUCGUGGAAUAGUGGAUACCAGCAAUAUGAAGGGCACACGUCUGCUCGAUCAUAUGACCAGGGAGCCGAUGCAUCAUACUACUCUCAAGGCGCGGCCGGCGACAGUUAUCAUGACCAAAGCGGUUAUGGUGACAAUACCGGUUAUCAAGGAAGUUACGGUAGCAGUGAUAGAAGCCAACGAUACUCUGGCCAAGAUCGGUCGGAGAGAUCGCGCUACGGAGGAGGACGUUCUCACGACGCCGAAGGUGAGAGUAUUCAUCGCAUGGAAGAUACAGUUUACAUCACGAACUUGCCGCAAGAUGUCACGGAAGAAAAAUUGGCUGCCCAUUUUGGUUCCAUCGGCUUGAUAAAGAUUGAUAAGAAGACAAGAAAGCCCAAAAUUUGGAUUUAUGUUGAUAAGGCCACGAAUUUACCCAAAGGCGAUGCUACAUUGACGUAUGAUGAUCCACCCUCGGCCGAUGCUGCUAUUGACUGGUUUGGUGGCAAGGAAUUUAUGGGAAACGUUAUCCAAGUGAGCAAAGCAGAAAGAAAAAUGGCCAUGCCUCCUGGCGGUGGUGGAAGAUAUGGCGGACGUACCGGCGGCGGUGGCGGCAACAGCAGCAGUGGUGGUUACCGUGGCGGACGUGGUGGUAGCAGCAGCGGUGGGGGAGGAGGCUAUGGUACUCCCAAAGAAGGCGAUUGGACUUGUGAAGGCUGUGGUGCCAAUAAUUUUGCACGACGAAACGAGUGUUUCAAAUGCCAAGCUCGACGACCGGAAUCAGCUGGUGGCGGCAGUGGCGGUGGCUACAGCCGAAGUGGAGGAGGAGGAGGCGGCGGUUAUGGUCGCGGUGGAAGUUAUCGUGGCGGUGGCGGUGGCCGCGACCGUGAUGAUGAUCGAUCCAGUGGAAGAGGAGGACGUCCUCGAGGCAAUGGUCGAGAUGAUUACGGACGUUACUCGGGCGGUGGUCGUGAUGAAAGUUCGUACAGAAAAGAUAGAUAUGACAGACGUGAUCGACCCUAUUAGAAAUUUGAAGGAUAAUACAAUAUCGUUGAGAUGACGUGACAAAACAAAACAAAAACCUGGGUGAUUACCAUUUUAAGGGCCAUCUCGAGUGGAGAGGUAGGCUGACUUUGUAUUUUUCUUUUAUUUUUUGCCACCACGAGUUUUUUAUUUUUUUGGUGAAAAUGAGCACAAGUGGUGAUGCCGCAUAUAGCCCGCAGGACUC